UCUGGAACAUCUCACUAUCUCAAAAGAAGACACAUUUUCUGGAGAAGGUACCAAGAAAGCUCAAUCGCUGCACCCCAAACCAUCCAAGCCAUCAUGUCCGGCGACUCAAACAACAAUGACACUUUGAGGGAUGAGAAAGCUCCGAUCGACGAGCUAGCCGUGAGCGGCCAUCAAACUGUGAUCUAUGAUCAUGCUUCGAGCAGUAGCCGGGCUAUCAUCGAUGAUGAAGAGCUGGCCAACUCUCAAGCUUCGCGUGCUGACGGAGUAUCGAUUAUGGACUGGGAUGCGCGCAGGCGCGCACUCAUUAACGCUGUUCCAUACAACCUAUAUGAAGGCCACGGAUCUGAUAGCGAGAAAAUCUCGAGCUCAGCUGCUGCCGAGCAGACCAGGAGAGAUGAUGAGAACCCUUUGCCAAAGGCAGUCAAGGAACGUGUGACCCAGGGCGCCGUUUCACGUAAGCUCAUGCAGAUUUAUGACAAACAGAGAUGGGAUGCUGAUUGGGAGUACAACCGAUCGCCCUCCACUGCACCUUCGGCUAGUUUCGAGGUUCUGCCCAUUCACGGGCAUUCGCCAGCUGCUGAGGACUCGCCAACUACUAAGGCUGCACUCCCUACCGAGACUUCACCAACUACGAAGGCUUCUCCCUCUGCCGGGAAGUCACAAACUGCUAAGGCUUCGCUCGCUGUUGAGGACUUGCCCACGCCAACAGCUUGA